GGCUGGCGUCACGCGCGUGACGUCAGGAGAGGGACGGCAGCCGGCGUGGGGGGGCGGGGGGCGGGAAGGACCGGGAGUAGUGCUGGGUGCUUUAUCUGCUUGGCCUCGGGGCCGGCGGCGCCAGAGUGCGCAGGGGCUUUGGCGGGACUGGACGGCUGAGUGCGGAGCCGCGAAAGCCGCCGCCACCCAGUUACCCAACAUGAUGGUGGGUGAAGAGAAAUCUGUGAGAAAUCGCUGGCUCACAUCCAAAGAAAAAGAAGAAGAAAAGAGAAGUGCGCAUAAAGAAGAGACUCUGCAGGAGACCCUACAGAAGUCAGAAAAUGGUCAAGUUGACCCUGAACAGCACCUGACACGGAAGAUACUGUUAGCAGCAGAAGCAGAACAGUUGAAGCCAUUUUUUAUGAAGGAAGUAGGCAAUCAUUUUGAUGAAUUUGUGACCAGUCUUAUUGAUAAAUCAGCCUCACUGGAUCUCUCUGGGUCUUCAACAUCCUUUGCUGUUCUCAGUGGAGGGAAGAAUAACCACAGAGCUAAGGAUCUGAGAAAUCGUCCAGAACAAGGAAAGCUUUUUGUUGUAAGAAGAUCGAUGUUGGAUGAGCUAUUUGAGGUAGACCAUAUUCGAACAAUAUAUCAUAUGUUUAUUGCCCUCCUCAUCCUCUUCAUUCUCAGCACACUUGUAGUGGACUACAUUGAUGAAGGAAGGCUGGUCCUAGAAUUCAGUCUCGUCACUUAUGCUUUUGGCAAAUUUCCGGUUGUAAUUUGCACUUGGUGGACCAUGUUCCUGGCCACAUUGAUCAUUCCCUAUUUACUGCUUGAACACUGGGCCAGAGGAUAUACCACAAGUUCCCGUCCAAUUGUCCACUCUUUCUUCUAUGGGAUGCUUUUCAUGCUUUUCCAGGUCGUAGGCUUGGGAGGUGGAUCAACAUAUGUUGUAUUGGCCUAUAUGUUGCCACCAGCUUCCCGAUUCAUUGUUAUACUUGAACAGGUUCGCUUCAUUAUGAAAGCUCAUUCAUUUAUUCGGGAGAAUGUUCCUCGGGUAUUGGAUGCUGCUAAGGAAAACUCACGCACUAUUCCAAUUCCCCAAGUCAACCAGUACUUGUACUUUUUGUUUGCUCCUACUCUCAUCUAUAGAGACAGCUAUCCCAGGACUCCCACUAUCAGGUGGAGUUAUGUAGCUACUCAGUUUGCACAGGUUUUUGGUUGCAUGUUUUAUGCAUAUUACAUCUUUGAAAGACUCUGUGCUCCCUUGUUUCGGAAUAUCAAACAAGAGCCCUUCAGUGUUCGGGUUUUGGUCCUGUGCAUCUUCAACUCCAUUUUGCCGGGUGUGCUGAUGUUAUUUCUUUCCUUUUUUGCCAUAUUGCACUGUUGGCUUAAUGCCUUCGCAGAGAUGUUACGCUUUGGGGACAGGAUGUUCUAUAAGGAUUGGUGGAACUCAACGUCAUAUGCCAACUAUUACAGAACCUGGAAUGUGGUCGUUCAUGAUUGGCUCUAUUACUAUGCUUACAAAGACUUCCUUUGGUUUUUCAGCAGAAGGUUCAAAACGGCCGCCAUGAUAUCUGUCUUUGCAGUGUCUGCCGUAGUGCACGAGUAUGCCCUGGCCCUAUGCUUGAGCUUUUUCUACCCAGUCCUCUUUGUACUCUUCAUGUUCUUUGGAAUGAUUUUCAAUUUCAUUGCCAAUGACAGUCGGAAAAGGCCUAUUUGGAAUAUCUUGAUGUGGACAUCUCUCUUCUUGGGACAUGGAAUUCUACUGUGCUUAUACUCUCAUGAGUGGUAUGCACGUCAGCAAUGUCCUUUAAAAAAUCCAACAUUUCUAGACUAUGUAAGACCACGCUCCUGGACGUGUCAAUAUGUGUUUUAAAAACUUGGACAUAAAUUUUCUUUCUUGAUUAAAUAUGUGUGCCACUUGAUUCUGGAAAAGCAGCUGCUUAAAAAAAAAAGAUAUGCUGUGUGAAGUAAAAUCAGAUUGCUACAAGUGACCCCAUAAGUGACAAAAGCCAGUUCCAUGCCUGUCAUCUAAAGCCAAGGUAAUGAGUUAAGUCCAGCGGAAUCCUGUUAAGGAAGAUUUUUUUUCUCAUUGGGGGUAGUCUCUUAAGGUACAGACAGAUUUUUGGCUGAGUCAGAUCUACUCAAAGCUUAGCAGUCACAUCCAUCCAUUAUGUGUCUUUCUGUACUCAUUUAUUAAAUACUGUAUGUGUUUUCUUAGUUACUGAAAUAACCAAAACACACGUAAAGAAUUAAUGCUUUGAAUAUCUGUUGUUUGCAACUUAUAUCUGUGCACAUUGUUAUGUAUUGAUUAAAAAUGUAUUUGAAAAAGAAAAUAAGUGUUAAUGCGGAAUAAUAUAUUUAAAGAGCAUGUCACUGGUUUUUUACAAAGAUGAUUCUUGUAUUGUUUUUAUUCCAAAAUAUACUUAAGAAUCCACUUAUUUGAGUCCAAAAAAAAUUAUGAAUUCAAGCUAUUGUUUUACAUUGUUUUUCUGUUCUUUAACAUAGGCCAUGUGAUUUAUGUGACACAGAAGUAAGCCCUUCUAUUAGAAAUCCUGUAUAGGUUCACAUUCCUAAAAUUUGCAUCUAUUCCUGAGCAUGCCCACAGGUGGGAAGAGACAAUGGAGAGGUUGUCCACCCCCGCCCCCCCCAUAACCCUCCUAAGCCAUUUGUUUCCUUUGCAGGGGAAGGGGGGAUGAACAAGUAUUGGAAUUAUUUAUUGUGGAGUUCAUUACAUAAUAGCAAGGCAUAGAUUUUUAGUGAGCAACUUACAGUCUGAAGACUUGACUAUUCACAUUAGUAAGAAGAUAGCAGGAAAUCUAACUUGUAAAACAAUUGCUGGUCUGGAAGCCCCUCCAUCCCAAACAGUGAAAUCACUUGCAGACUAGAAAAAUACUUCAUUCAAUCAACAAGUAUUAUUGAGUAUUUUCUCUGUAAUAGGCACUGUGCUAAGCUUUGGGGAGACAAAGACAAAACAAGAAACAGUCCUUGCCCUCGAGGAGCUUACUGCUACUAUUAUCUAGUCAUUUAGUGUAUUUGGAAACUAAAGCACACACUUUUAUGGCACAAGGAGUGCCACAGUAAUUAAAGCAACUCAGAUUUCUCUGUUGGAGAUGGUAUUGUUGCUAAGUCUCCACUAUUGAUAAAAGUAUAUUUUGUAACCUGAUUCCUCUUCUGUGACAUGCUUCCUGUAUUCUUAGAUGAUUGCUAUUCAGAUACUAUGUUAAUACUUUUGGGUAUCUGGGACAAAUCAGCAUUGUCUUCCUUUGUGUGUUUUCAGACCUCCUACUUUAUGAUAGGAGAGUUAGCAGUAUAGCCACUAAAUGGGUGUAUAACAGGUAUAUAAAUCAUGGGCUGUUGGUAACAUAUGUGAGACAGAUUGAAAACUGUGAGUUGAAGCUUGUUCUAUCAAGUUUUGGAUUAGUCUUAGAGACCACCAAAACUUUUUAUCACAGGGAAUAUUAGGCAGCAGGAUUAGUCCUGGUAUCUAGUGUUAACUUGAGGCAUAAUUUUCCAUGUAUGUUUUACUAGAUCUUUUAUCUCAACUCUGCAGUGGACAAGGAAGCAGCAUUUUCUGUGGGAAUAGGAAGUUAAUUCCAGAAGCAAGAAUGUUAAAAAGCAGCCUGUUUUCCAUGGUAUCUGUACAUAUGUGCUUUUCCUCCUUUCUAAAUUGCGAUUCACAUGAUUCAGAAUCAGCUGCCAAAGUGAGAAGGAGGGCCUACUUCCUUUUUCCAAAAGUGUCUUUAAUGAUUUCUGUGUUUUACUCAUUCUUUUUUGCACUGAGUGGACAUUUUGUGCUUUUACUAGAACUUCAUGGGCAAUUUCAGUGUUUUUUCCACUCCACCUUGAGCUGGCCCCCAGGUUCUCAGUGAAGGACUCCCUCACCUUUUAACUGAGCAGCUGCUCUUUGUUGAUCUUGAUGACCUUAUCUUAAGUGGUAGGUGUAUGUUUUUGUUGUGUUUCUGUCUUGUUUUAAACACCUCUGUCACAGGGGAACAUUGCCCCCAACCAGUGUUGACAUUUUAGCAGUAGAUGCAGCGUGGAGCUGAAACUCAGUGAGCAGCCGUGCCAAGGAACAAGCUGGUUUUUCCCCAGUGAGGUCCCUGCUGCCUGAGCCAUAAGCAGCAGCUUCUCUUGUCUGGGUCAUUCACCCGUUGUACAUUAUCCACAAUGUUAUUCCAAGGAAAGCUGAUGUUAUACUUCAAGGCUGAAGUCAUUUUUACAUAUUUAUCAGAGUUGUGAUCCUUUGUCAUCUGAUUUUUCUGAGUGCCUAGUUUUUUUCCCUUGAAUCCUUUGUUUACUGGUACUACAAUUUGUUUAGUAUUCAUUGUACUAGGAUUGACUUUUUAAACAGAAAAGAUGCCUUUUUUAAACUUUGAAAUAUAUGAGAAAUGGAGAAAUACUGCUCACAUGAAGAAUACACUAAAUAAAUAUAUUUGG